AAACACAGGAGGUUCCCCGCCACCUUCUCUCCCUGUCCCUGCCCGCUUGCCCGCACUGUGCUCAGCUCCAAGCAUUGCAGCAGCACCCAAGAAAUGCGCUUCCUUCCCCGCCUCAUCUUCUCCGCUGCCCUGGGCAUCGCCACCUUCCUCAGCUGGAAGCUGCUGCUCCAGAGCCUGGCCACUGGACGCAGAGGUGACCUGGCCCCCAGGGCAGAGGAAGGCUUCACUUUGACGCUGGACACCUUCCUUCACAUCCAGCAGCUCAGGAAGAAGAGACUAAGAGCUUUCUGCAGCCAACAGGGUAAAGUGACCACGCUGCCGAGGAGCCCAGAGGACAGAGCCUGCCUGCUCUCGAGUUUGAGGGUCAGCACCAAGCUGGACCUCCUCUACUGCCAAGUGCCAUCGACAGGGACGGAGGAAUGGCAGCAGCUUUUGGGAAAGCUGGAGAAGGAAAACGUGACGCUCCCGGUGCCGCUUCCCUACCCUUGGCAUCACGCGCGGGAGACGCAGCUGAGCAAGUUCAACCUGACGGAGAUAGAGGCAGCGUUAGGGUCCUACACCAAAGUGCUGUUUGUCAGGGACCCUUUCCACAGGCUGAUCUCCACGUUCAUGCAAGGCAUGGGCAGCAGCCCUUCCUUCAGCAGCUUUGUUCAGGAUGUUCUAGACAGCGGGCCACGCAACGCCAGCAUGGCUUGGAAACCUCUCGUGAGCAUCUGCCGGCCCUGCCUUGUCCAGUACGACUACGUGGUGAUGUUCGGCUUCCUCAGGCAGGAGCUGGGCUACCUGCUGCGGAGGGCUGGGCUGGCUGUGGACAGCCUCCUCCCUGAGUUCACCGACAGCCAAGUGCAGUGGACCUACGGCUGGUUAUCAGAGCAGAUGUUCAGCGAGCUGUCCCUCCAGCAGAAACAGCAGCUGUCUCGUUUCUACCGCUGGGACCUUGCUGCUUUCCCGUUCUCCAGCAGCUUUCUGUCAGACCUCCACAGCACCCCGGAGACCUGGUAGCAAUAUUCCAGCUGGAGGGAACAGUUUGGAGAGAUGUAAUCCAAAUGGUAGUGCUUUGUGAUACCGCCUGGGUCACAGGAAGACCCUCGCUCCAGAGCUGCAUGCAGCACACUUGUCCGUGUCACCGCUACAAAAGGCACAUCAGAGAGGGGACAGGGUACCAAGGCCCUUCACACGGCUGAAUUGUGUUUAAAUGUGGCAAUAGCAGGCACUAGGGAAACACAUGGCAUUGGGAUUUGGAAAAGUGCAUGAAUUGAGCUGUGAUGGGGUUGAACAACUCUCAGCAAGCCUAGUGGGGUGGGGUGGGGUGAGUUGGACCUCCUGCAAAUCACAGCACCAUCCACCUGCGCUCUGCCUGCACUGCCGUGUUGUGUUCUGGGCUCCCUUUUGGGCCAAGAGGUUUGGCGAUGGCUUCCUUGGGACAAGUCCCUCCAUGCAGAUACAUGAAGCAGUCCCAAAGGAGCACAUCAUGUGGAGUCUGUCUACUGCACACAAGUAGGUGAGAUAAGGCACAGCGUGGCAUACCCUCCUGAGGAACCACUGGUGAUGUUCCCAACCCUUCCAUGCUCAGGGAAGGACAGCCACAGCCCAUCAUUUGGUUUUAUGCAUACUGUGUGAACUGUUCCUGGUUAACAUCUCCUGCAUGUUUAGGCUCAAGAGGGCCCCAGGAACACAUAAUGCUUGCUCCACUCGCAAGUUUUGAGCAAGGUUCCUCCUUUACAGGACUGGCUCAAAUGGGCCAAGCCUAGCUUUCAGCUCCACUCACUAGUGAUGAGAUGAGGACACGGCAACCACCCGUCCUCUCCCACCCUUGGCCACUGAGCUGACCGGCCUCUGGGAAGGGUCUAUCCUUGCCCAACACCAAGGACAAGCUGUCCAGCUUUCAGAUUGCGACAGAUUUUUACCAUAGCACACUUGUUUCCAGAACAAUUUUUAGCUUUA